CGGAGCUCCGUGCUCAGCCCAGCCUCCACGCUCAGCGCUCAGCAAUGGCCCGGGGGCGGGGCACGGCCCUCCCCGGUUCUCAGAGGUAGCAGGGAUCCUCACCUAGGAGGUGUCAGCCCAGGCCCAGCCUCCCCAGAGACAGCACCCGGAGCCUCAUCUCUCUCCUCUCCCUGCUCGGACCCUGCCACAGGUUGCUGGGGCUGUUUGGGCUUUGGGGGACUCUGGACCAGGCCCUGGCCCAGUAGGAUGCCCCCGUGUCCUCCCCAGCAGAGCAGGAACAGGGUGACACAGCUGCCCACUCCAGAGCUGGGCGAGAUGGAACUGACUUGGCAAGAGAUCAUGUCCAUCACUGAGCUGCAGGGCCUGAAUGCUCCAACUGAGCCAUCGUUUGAGCCCCCAGCCCCAGCCCCAUACCCUGGACCCCCACACCCCUCAACUUACUGCCCCUGUUCAAUCCACCCGGAUACUGGCUUCCCCCUUCCUCCGCCACCUUAUGAGCUCCCAGCACCCACAUCUCAUGUCCCAGACCCCCCAUACUCCUAUGGUAACAUGGCCAUACCAGUCUCCAAGCCACUGACCCUCUCAGGCCUGCUCAGUGAGCCCCUCCCAGACCCCUUGGCCCUCCUGGACAUUGGGCUGCCAGCAGGGCCACCCAAGCCCCAAGAAGACCCAGAAUCAGACUCAGGAUUAUCCCUCAACUAUAGUGAUGCUGAAUCUCUUGAGCUGGAGGGGACAGAGGUUGGUCGGCGGCGUGGCGAGUAUGUAGAGAUGUACCCGGUGGAGUACCCCUACUCGAUGAUGCCCAACUCCUUGGCCCACCCCAACUAUGCCUUGCCGCCUGCUGAGACCCCCUUAGCCUUAGAGCCUUCCUCGGGCCCUGUGCGGGCCAAGCCCACUGCACGGGGGGAGGCGGGGAGUCGGGAUGAGCGUCGGGCCCUGGCCAUGAAGAUCCCCUUCCCUACGGACAAGAUUGUCAACUUGCCAGUAGAUGACUUUAACGAGCUGUUGGCACGGUACCCGCUGACGGAGAGCCAGCUGGCACUGGUCCGGGACAUCCGACGGCGGGGCAAGAACAAGGUGGCCGCCCAGAACUGUCGCAAGAGAAAGCUGGAGACUAUCGUGCAGCUGGAGCGGGAACUGGAGCGGCUGGGCAGUGAGCGGGAGCGGCUUCUCCGGGCCCGAGGGGAGGCCGACCGGACCCUGGAGGUUAUGCGCCAACAGCUGACGGAGCUCUACCGGGACAUUUUCCAGCACCUGCGGGAUGAAGCGGGCAACAACUACUCCCCUGAAGAGUAUGUGCUGCAACAGGCUGCCGAUGGGGCCAUCUUCCUGGUGCCCCGGGGGACCAAGGUGGAGGCCACAGACUGAGCUGGUCCAAAAGGGUGGGACUGGUGAUGGAGAUUUCCUUCAUUCCCUUCUAGUGAAGGUACUCCCCAACCCUGAGGCCCAGGAGCCGAGUUCUCUAGACCAGAAGGAACAAUGGGAAACUUGGCAUUUGAAAGGUCCAAGGUGUGUUCAGUGAAGCUUGCCUUGAGGCAAGUAUGUGAGGGGAGGGCUGGAAUCUCUCUUCCUUGAUUCGGCUUCCCAGGUCUCCAACCUCCACCUCUUGUUUGAGCUUUGGUAUAUAAAGCACUCUACAGAAAUA